UACUGUACCACAACCAUGACUCAACACAUUUAACCACUCGGGUCUGAGCUUUGAGGAUGAGAGGACUAGCAGACAACUUGGUGAACCAGACAACGUUGCUCAGCCAGUCAAAUCCUCUCCCAAUGCAGCAGGUUAUCAGUGUCUGGGUCCGGGAUCCACGGAUGCAAAAGAAUGACUUUUGGCAUGCCUACUUAGACUAUGAGAUCUGUCUCCACACCAAUAGUCUGAGCUUCACCAGGAAGAUCUCAAGUGUGAGACGAAGAUACAGUGAGUUUGUAUGGCUCAAACAAACCUUGCAGAAAAACUCACUGCUCAUGGUAAAGUUACCCAAGCUCCCCCCUAAGAACCCGUUCUUCAGCCUGAACAAUGCCAAGCAAAUCACAGAAAGAAUGAAGGGGCUGCAGAGAUUUCUGGAAUUGACACUCAAGAGCUCUCUGCUGUUGUCCGACAGCUGCCUGCACCUCUUCCUUCAGUCGGACCUGAUUAUAGAUCAGAUGGAGGCCUGUGCCGCAGGCAGGACGCACUACACUGUGGAACAGGCUGUGCUGCGCUGUGGCAGAGCCCUGCGACGAUUCCACUCCCUGGAUGACCAGCAAGAGAACCAGUCGGAAGACCGCGAGACCUCCUCCUCUGAGUGGUGGGGCUUGUACCCUGUUUGAGCUUCCCUUUAAGAUUCAUGAUACUUUAGCAUAGUUACAAGUGUCACACUUAACGGAAUUGUAAAUUCUUUAGACCCUGGUUUGAAAUCUAUUCUAAUUGUCUAAUAACUUUCAUUCAAAUGUGAGGUUGAAUCUGUGAAGCUGUUAUUAAUACAUCAGCUCAUCUUCUACCUGUCUUCUCUGUUUCAAAGCCCUGUCUUUCUGGAGUCGAGCAGUGUGGUUGCAGAGGGAGCAGAGACCAAUGUGGUUGUGGAUCCUGCACCCUAAUCUAACAGGGAAGAGGAGACUCCCUAAUCCCCUGAACUGGGAGUCAGGCUACCAGUUACAUACACUAUCCUUAACAUUCAUCAUGGGAUCUUAAAACUAUCUGGACAUAACAGUACUUCAUCUUUCAGUUUAAAUCACUUGAACAACUUUGAGUGAAUUUGGGAAUAUCUCAAACAUGUAAAUAUAUUUCUGUGUAAAGUUACUAAAUGGUGUUUCUGUACAAAGUGUUAAUAAAGACUUUUGGUGAGCUUUUCACUGUGCAUCUCCAGGACACUCUGAAAUCCGGUAAUU